GGUGGGAGUUUGAGGGGAUGAUAGGUUGAGGAAGUUGUCAGUUUCGGCAGGUGGUGGUGGUCAGGGCCCUCCGAUGCAAUGUGAAGUAGAGAAUCUGUUGCUGAUCGUCAAGCCUGCUUUUAUUAGCUUCAUUGGAGAUGUCUCUCUCACAGUCAGUUGUGUGAAGCUGUGUUCACUUGGCACUGUUGGGAAACAAAUCAUGGUAGUUCUGUCAGUAGAUGAUUUCUUCUUGUGGCUAUCAACUGUGUGUUGCUUCAUUUCGAACCAUUCUUUUUGGAUUGUUGUUUUCUAGACCAAAUCUCACAGACAGCCUUUUAAUUUAUUCUGUUCCAUGUGUAUCAAAUAAAUGGAUUUUUGGUAAUGGAAGAUCUGAUGGGUCAAAGACUGAUAGAAAAGAGAUGAUAUCCUCAUCAGUAAACUGUUUUCAGUGAGUGUAUUUAGAUACUGCAGAUUAAUGAUCUUGAACUGAAUACACUGGUCUGCAGAAAAAAAAAAAAUUCUUUAUUGUUUUCAUGCAUCAUAUUUGGUGCUCUUACCACGGAACUUAACAUGCAAAAAAAUACAGCACAUAGAUUUUAAAUAUAAUGUCCAUUUAAUUAAAAAACGAUAUUAUUUUAGUAACAACAGUUGCAAAAAUGUGAAAAAAGACUACAGUCUAAGUUUUACAACGAAAAAUGCUAAUUUUACAGUUACAAGUUAUAUAAAUAUCAGUAUAUUUAUCUAUUUAUCUCAUUAUGGUAAUAUAAUUCAAGUUAUUUUGUAGUUUUUUUUCUUUUUAUCGUUUCCAUCGAAGUUUCUCGGCAAAUCGACCAACAAAAAUUAGCAAGCAUUUAUGCUGACCAUUUUCCAUUUUAGCGUCUUUCAAUAUGCAUAAUACCCUGAUGAAACCUUUCACAAUGCUCAUCUGAUACGGCACCGAGAUUUUCCGCAAAGAAAUCUAAAUGCGAGUCCAAAAAAUGAAUUUUGAGUGACAUAUUGCAUCCUAAAGCUUUAUAAGCAGAAAGAAGCUCUCGUAUGAUUUGUCGGUAGUUGUCAGCUUUUGUAUUACCUAGAAAAUUAAGACACACUUUAACAAAAGCCACCCGAGCUUUUUUUUCCAGCUUUUCUCAACUUCGAAUUGAAAACUUCAUCCCACAUAAGCUCUCGUAUUUGCGGACCUACAAAAAUCCCUUCUUUCAAUUUCGCGUCACUGAUUCGAGGAAAUUUUGUUUUGAGAUAUUGAAAGCCUGCACCAUCCUUGUUCAUGGCUUUCACUAAGUUUUUCAUGAGCCCCAACUUUAUAUGAAGUGGUGGCAAAAAAAUUUUGUCACUUGGCACUAGAGGUUCUUGAGAUACAUUUUUAAGUCCAAGUGUAAAGCUUUUUCUUUGCGGCCAAGUUUUCACUUUGUAAUGUUUGUCUCUUGCGCGACUGUCCCACUCACAUAAAAAACAGCAAAACUUGGUGUAUCCUCCUUGCAAUCCAGUAAAUAUAGCGACAACUUUUAAGUCAGCACAAAUAUUCCAUAGGUAUUGAGAAUAUUUUAUUUUUUCAAGUAAUACCUCCAGAUUUGCAUAAUUUUCUUUCAUGUUUGUUGCAUGUGCUAGAGGCACUGAUGGGUAUUUAUUUCCAUUAUGAAGUAAAACGGCUUUCAAACUAAUCUUCGACGCAUCAAUAAAAAGUCUCCAUUCGUCAGAAUUUUCUGGGAAACUCGGUUCUUCAAGAAGCCCUGCGUCAUCAUUACAAUAUACUAAAUCAUUUUCUUUGGAAAAGUAACUCGUAAAAUCUUCUUGUCUUGUGCGAAAAUAUGAGACACUUGUACUUUUAUCCAACAAAUUCCACUGUUUCAAUCUUGAUCCGAGUAAUUGAGCCUUAGAUUUUGAUAGCCCCAAGUCUCUAACGAGAUCAUUUAAAUCAGGUUGUUUAAGAAAAUAAGGUUCUUUUGAUGGGCUUGAAGAUCCAGAUAAAGCGUAUGAUGAUGAAGAUGUACAGGUAGAAAUAAAACUCGAUUGAGGCUAUAGACCAGAAGUAUUUUUAUUUUCCAUCCUCUCACUAUUGUUUGGAGGUACUGGAGGUGAACUGCCUUCACCACAAGGAAGUGGUCUCUUUGCAGAUGCGAUGUUUGGAUGUACAAUCUUGUUUUUAUCCUCGUGUUGAUGUCAUGCAGAAAUAACAGUCAUUUUCAUGAUUCUGAGGUUCACUCCAAAGCAUUGGCAUCGUAAACGGCAUAGAUUUGUGACUUCCUUCAAGCCAACCUCUCAACGUUCUUGAACAACUGUUACAGAAAAUUUUUGGGAACCAACUUUUAUCCCUCUCAUCGAUAGAGAAUCCAAAAUAAAGCCGAUAAGCUUUUUUAACAAGAUCUGUUAUCGCAUUUCGCUGUGUUUUUAGAGUAAACUCACCACAAAUGUAACAAAAACAGUCGGUAGAAUUCUUACAAGUGCGCGGCAUUUUAUAACCUGACAAUACUGAGGUCACCAUUCUUUUGUGGAAUAAAUUUUGAAAGGUUCUUGUUAUAGAUAUUACAUUACACAAAUAACGAAGUAGCAACACAUUUUUAAGUGCUCAGAUAUACACGUGCAGUCCUCUGACCCUUGUUUUGCUCUGGUAUUUUACCAAAUUGCUUGAGUGUCCAUUUAACACAUGUCACUUCAUAACAUUGAAACAGGAGUAAAAGUUAUCACCGUGUGAACAAGGCUACUAAAAUAUUUUUGUUUGUGCUUUUUUUAAAAAAAAAAAUUAAUUUGCCAGUGUUGCUAGUCAGCCAGUGGUGAAGGCUGGUUUCAAAGAAGAUUUGAUUCUUAUGCUGCGAUAAUGAAAAGUUUUUUGUUUGGUUUCUCGUGUCUUCGCUAUUGAAAUGAAAGGUAUAACAUGAUUGAACAUAACCUAACACACUUAUGUGCUUAUGCAUUAAAAAUGUCACAUUUAGUGAUUUUGAAUUUUAUACUUGACAAAAAUUGUAAUUUACAAAUAAAUUUUUAAAUCACAGUGAUAAAUAAAAUAUUUGUAAUUUCAAUUUUUUGCGACAGGGUGAUUCUGUGUUAAAUUAGCACACACAUUCUACCUGACCUUCUUGGAUUUCAAUAAUUAUUUAGUUUAAAGCUUACCUACAUUAAAGAAAUAAAGAUUUUUUUUUUAAUUUUUGAGAGUGGUUUUUUUAAUUAAUUUACAAAAUUUACUAAAGUAACCCAAGUCAUUUGGAAAUGGUUAAUGUUAGAAAGCCAUGUUGGGCCCCAUUUGUAAGUUUCUUUUAUUGGCUUUCAUAUGAUAAACUACUUGAUAUGGUUUGCUUCAUUAAAAAAUAUCAAAUAAUGUGAUGGAAGUUUCCCAAUCUGGUUUUCUUUAGAAAUGACAAUUUAAUAAACUAAAAAAUUAAAUCAAUAAUUGGUUGUACCAUUAUUAUUUUACUUACUAAUAAUCAUUGUGGGAUCCUUAUGGGUUCAUGAGAGAUGAGGCAUAAUUCUGUGGUAUACGUUAAGAGCAGGUAUUUAAUAGUACCAAUUUUAAUUCAAUUAAUAACUUUUGACCACUCUGAAGUACGAGUAUUGAUAUUUAAAGUACUUGCAUACAAAUACAUUUAUAAAUAAGAAUUGAAAUUGUACUAUUUAUUACAAUUUCUAACAUGCAUCACUUACAUAAAUGAUAAAAGUAUACUGGGAUUCUGUUUUGAAGUGCUUUCAUUGCACCUCGAAUCAAUGAAAGAUUUGUGUGGCUUUGUGUGCUUGGUUGUCAGAAAGAUCAUAUGAUCACCUGUGCAAACCUUGCACUGGAUGUAUGCUGAAUAAAUUCAGAAAAUAUAAGGUGCGGUUGAUUAUCAGUUAUUCAAAUCAAAAUAUCAACAUAACUAGUUAAAACAUAAUUAUGUUAGUUCUUUUCUGUUUGUAUUACAGAUCACAUCACAUCACUGUUGGUUGUGUUUGUUGAAUGCUUUAAAUAGAAAUACAAGUGUGGAUGCUUUCUCUAUGCCUAACUUAUUACGUACUUUAGAAUGCACAAAUCCAUUUGACGAGACAACUCUCUCUACAUUCACUGAAGUAGCUUGUGCUGUAAGUAACCAUUAAACAGAAAAAAACCAUCAUUAAAUUUCUCGAUUUAUUCUGACUUCUCCAUCACUCAUAGGUUGUAACAUGUGACUUUACUCCAUUCUCAAAAAGCAAUUCUUGGAUAGGUAAGCUUUCUGAUUGAAAUUUAACAAUUAAUGGAAGCAGUGAACUAUCGAGUACCUUGAUUUUGGUAACUCAAGUGCUAUGCAUUUUUCUUCUUCAGUCAAAUCAACACCAAAUUAUUUUUUUCUUUUGAAUCCAGCAUAUAAGCUAAAAAAUAAGCAGGUGUAAGUGCCAUAUAAUAUAUAUAUUUUUUUAAUUUAUGUUUUACAUUUUUAUCCUUUGUGGCUUCCAUUUUCAUUCUUCCACACAAGAACUGACUCAGAAAUAGUGCAUGUAUUUUUCUAAACUUCAUCAAGGGAUAUGGCAAUAAGGCUUCAAAACAUAAAGUAAGUCCUCUCUACAUUGUGUUCCAAUGUCAUGUUACAAAUUUGGUUUUGUACUACUAUAUCAAUAGUGUCACGAUGUUCGUCUCAAAUUGGAAAUGGAGUUCCCCAACCUGUAAUGUAUGUCUCAAGGAAAUCUUGCCCUUGUAUUCCUGUGCACUACACUUGGGAGGAUUGUCUGGGACAUGCAUAGUAAAGUGGUUGUUUCUGAAUAACACAUGCUCUCUCACACUUGGAGUGUUAAAGUCAUUUACUUACAAAUUUAAUGUGAUGAUAUUCAAAUUUUCGUUAUCUUCCAAAAGUUGGUGCAUUUUCGAAAUUGGCAGCAUUAUCAGUAGCAACGAAGCGAACCUUGCACCUGGAGUCCUCCUCACACAUUUUUAUAUAAUGUUGACACUUGUACAGCCGCUUCUGCCAGAUAAUUGGCAGUGUGAUCAUGACCAUAUGUGUCAAUUUGGUUUACUAAAUAUACAUUACCCGAAAUGGUCGUAACCGUAGCACAUCUGAAAAAGAAAUGUUUCUCAUAUUAAUUUAGUUCCAAAUUACAAAAGGGGAAAAAGUAUUAUAAAUGAAGACAUUUCAUCUCUUUUAUUAACUCUGAACCAUUAUGGACGACUGGGUUACAUGCUUUGCUAGUGCCAGGUUUUCAAUGCUAAUUGCAUAAAGCUAGGUGCACGCGUGGGAAUUAAGAAUUCAGUAUUAUGCAGCCAGUGCCGCUACUGCACUGUCUUUGAUGCACCAGGACAGUGUUGUGAGGAAUGAUUACAGAAUAAUAUUAAACAUUAAAAAUAACAAUUUUUUUUUUAGGCUAUCAAAGUCAUUAAUUAAAGUCAAACUUCAAUACAAUGCGUGAAAUGUAAACACAGUCUAAAGUAAAAUAAAAUAUGAGCAAGCUUACUGAUGAUAUUAUUAAUAUGGACUUGUUUAAAAUUAAGAAUGAAAACUUCAUAUAUAUCUUAAAUGACUUGGUUUCAUAUUAUUUAAGAAAUGUAGCAAAUUUAACACAACCAUGUUUCUGUUUAAAUCAAGAAACAAUAUUACUCUUGAUGAAUCUUACCUACAUCAUAUUCAUUAUCUUCAACUUGCAUAACUGAACUUUCACAUUUAGAUAGGCGAUUUUUCAUUCUGAGGACUUGACCCUCAAGUUCAGUGCCACAUAUUUGCAAUUGCCCUUCACACCUUUUCUCAACUCUUUAACUUCUUCAAACAAACAUCCCGCUAUCUGCCACUAAUGUUGAACUGAACUCCAGCAAAUAUGCUGACUUAACCACAGAGAGGGUAUUUCCCCACAGGAGGAGUAUUCUCUGUAGAAUGGGUGUUUCCCACGAAUAGGGAUUUACAGUAAAGUUGGGGAUCCCUCUUUAAUAUUUUUAAUUUUAGAUGAGUAUUUAGCAGGGUAUGAUUUAUAACAUAUUAAAAAAAAUUAUUUUUAAUAUACUAUAUAUAUCAUUCAAAUUUAAACUACACUUUAAUAACUAUGAGAUAUCUGUCUGUACGUGUCUCAAUAACCAAAAUGCCCGGUAAGGUAAAAUAUUACUGAUCUAACAUUACUGUUCAGGCGAUAUAAUCACUUAACUGAAAUGAGCGCCAAAUUAAUUUAGUUGUAUUUACCGAAAUCUUCCAAAUAAAUAAUACAAUGUUAAAAGUAAAAUAUUUCAAGAAAAAUAAUUAAAUGUUAAGUAAUUUACAACUAAUUAAUUAAUUGUAUCCAAAAUUAAUGGUUGAUACUUAAAUAAUACAAAAAUAAAAAAAAAUAAUUUGCCAAACAGUAAUUAACCUCAGGAAACAAAACUAGGUCAUUUAAAAUAGCACUAAGACUAAUUAAACAAAAUUUGUCAGGACUUCUGAGGGAAAAUACUAAGUUUAUCAGGAAUAGUUGUGCAAUAGGUAUACGAAGUUAAUCAAAGUUAAAUUUAAAUAAGAACUAUACAAACUUUAACAGAAAUCAAUGAUAAUAUGAAGAAUUUUGUAUACAACUAACCUAUUUCUCAAUAUUAAUCUAUUACUAACUAAACACACAUAGACCUGAAGCAACAACACAUCAUCACCAUACAUACAAUUGUAGAAAUAUCCAAUCAAUACAAAAUCUUCAAAAUAUUAAUUUCUGUAGUCUUUCAUAGCAGUGAACAGAAGCUGCUGAACUUGAAGAAUGAUGGAUUCAGUCCUGUAGUAGUAUACGUUAGAGUUAUUUUAAAAGCAGCAAAAUUCAUCUAGCUAAUCGUCUAUUAAUGUUUUUUUUUUACAAGUGUUAAAUUCACAUUCUUCAAUCUUGAUCCUUAGAUAUUCCUUUGAAUUCGUUGUAGGACUUUAAUUAAUAAAAUGUAUCAUCACAUUACAAAUGACAGUCCUUUUCAGCCUUCUAAAUUCAAUAUAUCUUCCAAAACUCAAUGUUUUUAAUAAUCACUUCCAUUUCUUUUUCCCUGCUCUUGUUCUACAGGGUGUCUACUGGUCACGGAAGUCAUGGAAAAGUCAUGGAAUUUGGGGUAGGGUCACGGAAGUCACCGAAAAGUCACGAAGUUUGGAAAGAGGGCACCGAUUUUUUUUUGUGGAGAACAUAAAUGUGAUGUAACUCGCAAAAACCUCUGGAACACCUGUUUACUUGCCCUCCCUUCGAUAGAGAUAACGGCUGAAAUAUCCAUCUUUCUCGCUAUCUAUCUCACUGCGCCGUCCGUAGUGUUUUUUCUUUGUCAAGUGCAAGCGAGGAGAAAAGAAUACCGAUCGAUUACAUGAUGUAACAAACGUACGAGAACUAUUGUGUACGUACUAGUACAAUGGGACCAUAUAUCUUACCAACAAGAGCAAACCCAAACAUUAAGUGUAGGAUAAUAAUCGUGUUUGUACCACGUGCGAGUAUCAUGGGACGCCCAGGGCUGACAAGCACACUUCGAAAGCUGUUGCGUUGUUAAUUAUUUAUUUAAGGAACAGAUAUAUCGUUUCCGCCCUUUUUUUUAUUCAGUGAGGAUGUAAGGUUUUGUAUGUAGGAAUAUGUUUUUUUUUUUUAAAUAAUGACGCUGUAACUGCUAGACUGGUUCUCACUUUCACCUACGCUUCGAUCAAUGUUGGCAAUAUGUUAUAUGCUUUGCUCUCACAUGAAACAACUGCGUUUGUUUGGAUUAUUCGCGGACGGUAUUUUUUGGUGUCCUUGCAGUUAUAGUUUAUUAUGUUUCAGCCAAACAUAAUUUAUUAUUAAUAAUAUGCCGGCGUACAACAGUUUGGGGAGGUUAAGUUUAUUUUUUUUUGAUUUCGUGGCCGCUACGUUUUAUGACGCAUUAUUUACAAUUAGUAAACGGCCGGCGUUUUUUGUAAUGAUAUUUCUUUGUGAAAGAAGUAGAAAUGGGCCCCAUUCUCACUAAUUAACAAUCGGUAAUUUAUUUUUUAUUAAAAUUACAGUGAGUUGGUUAAGUGUGUAUAUUUUCAUGUAGGCCAAUCUGUUUUAACCGCCCACAAGGCUCAAUAGUUGUAGACUGCCCCACGGUUCACUAUGUUGACAGUUUUUUUAAUGAAUGAAGUGUUUGUGUAACAGUUUUUUUACAAGAUGCCGGGUAAGUGCCACUUCCAAGAGAUGUGGUUGGAAGAAGAAGGAUGGAGAACUUGGCUGAGAAAAGGCAAAGAUAAAUUUUUUGGUUUUUGUUCUCUUUGUAAAAAACAAAUUGAUGUGUCCCACUCUGGUGUGAAUGCAAUAAAAAGCCACGAGAAAGGCAAGAAGCAUAGUGAAUUUUCCAGUUGCCUGAAAUCUGGAAAACAAAAAACUCUGUCUUCCUUCAGAGCUAUACCCAUGGAUACUGACGGGCCUUCCAUGAGUGUUCCUCAGGCUAAUACACCCAGUCCAUCUUUGCCAGAACCUAAGCCUAGCACGUCUGCUUCUAGCCAAGAACAUACUGCUGAACCAUCAAGGCUGUCAACUUUCCUAGUUAAUGACAGUGUGACAAAAGCAGAGAUUGUGUGGGCAACUCACUGUGUUUUCACACAUGCUUCAUCCCGCUCGGGAGAAUUAGCAGUGAAGCUGUUUCCCAUUAUGUUCCCAGAUAGCUCUCUAGCCUCUAAAAUGAAAAUGCAUAAGGAUAAAAUUGCAUACAGCAUAACAUAUGGACUUGGACCCCAUUUUGCGAAAUGUGUGUCACAUAGUGUUCAGAAAAGCCCAUUUUAUGCUUUGUCAAUUGACGAAAGUUUAAACGAUGUUUGCCAAAAGGGGCAAAUGGACAUUGUUGUAAAGUAUUGGGAUGCAGAAAACAGUUGUGUUUGUACAAAAUAUCUGACAUCUGCUUUCCUGGAGCAUUCAAAAGCUGCAGAUUUGCUCAAUAAUCUUAUUGUAUGCAUUGGAGAAGCUGACCUGUCUCUAGGAGGCUUGGUGCAAAUUGCAACUGAUGGACCCAAUGUUAAUUUGAAACUGAUUUCCGACCUGAAAAGUUACAUGAGAUGUACUCUUGACAGCGAAAAAGAAAUCUUGGACUUAGGCACCUGUUCAUUGCACAUUGUAAAUGGUGCAUACAAAACAGCUCAUGCAAAAGUUGGUUGGCAACUUAAUGAGUUUCUUAGAGCACUUUACAGUCUUUUCAAGAACUACCCAUCUCGUCGUGCAGUUUAUCAACAGAUCACUGGCUCCAGAAUGUUCCCGAAAAAGUUCUGUGCCAUACGAUGGACUGAAAACUCAUCUGUGAUGAAAAGGUGCUCAGAAAUUAUUCCACAUCUGAAGAAAUACGUUACAGACAAAGAGAUUGAAAAGAAUCCUCCAAACUCCCAGAACUUUCAUGUGGUAAAGAAGGCCUUGUUGGAAGACCCAGUACUAGAAGCUAAGCUACAUUUCUCUGCCAUGAUAUCUGAAGAGCUGGAAGAAUUUUUGACAUGUUUUCAGAGAAACGAUCCCCUACUGCCUUUUCUUUAUCAAGAAGUUUUCCAGUUGAUGAAGAACAUUGCGAGUAGAGUGUUUACAAAAUCUGCAAUGGAAAAGGUUGUUAGUGCAUCCCAGUUAAAACAUUUGAAUGUCAAAAAUGAGACUGACCUAAGAAUGCCAGAUUCUAUUGAAAUUGGUUUUGGAGCAACAUUUUGCCUAAAGAAAGUAAAAGAACUACACUCUCUUAGAUUUAAAGCAGAUUGCAAACAGUUUUUGUUACAGUUGUUUUCCAAGCUUGAAGAGAAAAGCCCUUUAAGGAAGCGAAUUGUGCUUGGGUCCACUUGCUUAUCUCCUUCAGUGAUUGUCAAAGAUGUCAGAACCUCGAGGGCCAAGAUUGCCAUUGAAGAACUUAUUUCUCUCAAUCACCUGUCACCAGCAGAUGGGGAUGUUGUGUUAAGAGAAUAUGCUAAGUUUUGUGCACUUCCUGAUGUUCUGAAAGCAACAAAGUUCUUUAACUGGAAAAAGUAUAGCCUAGAUAAGUUUUUGUUUCAACUGCUAAGCUCGGCAAUGGAGAAUGCCCAUAACCUGUUUGUUUCUUUCAUUCAGCGUUUUUUGAUUUGCUUUCAUGGUAAUGCAGCAGUUGAGAGAAGUUUUUCUUUCAAUAAGGAGUUCUUAGUGGAAAAUCUUCAAGAGAAAUCUUUGGUUGCCCAAAGACUUGUUCAUGACCAUGUGUCUUCUCUUCCAGGUGGAAUUGAAACUUUUUCUCAUACUAUAUCUAAACAGAUGAUUUUAAACUUCAGAAAUGCUGCAUCAAAAAGAAGAGAUGACCUGAUGAAGAAGAAGAUUAAAGAGGAUGAAUCUGUGAAUGCAAGGAAAAGAGCAGCACAUGAAAUUACGCUCUUAGAAUUGAAAAAGAAAAAAGUGCUGGAAGAAAAGAAAGAAGAACUCUUAGAAAUAGACAGGGAUUUGAAAAAACUUAGGAACAAAAUAUGUUUAUAAAUGACAGACUAUAUUUCAAAUACCUGUUAGUUUCGCCUAUUUAUUUAUUUGUAAAUUAAGUCAUUAUCGAUUAUUUGGAUUUAUUUUUCAUUACCCUCCAAAGCUGCUUAAAGUAAAACUUUUUUAAGGUCAAGUUUAGCAUUUUAAACUGCAUGUGAUCCCAUUUAUUUAACAAUAAGCUUAACCGUUGAUAAGUAAACUAGACCUAUAUUCAAUAUCCGUUUUAAUUUAAUACAAUUUUUAGUAAAAAAAAGUCACCAAAAAUGACAGAAAGUGGGCUCCAAAAGUCACCAAAAGUCACUGAUUUUUGGAAAGGAAGACCAGUAGACACCCUGUUCUAGCCCUUUCAUUCCCUCUGAUACCAUAUGGCAACACAAAUUUUAAACCUCUCUUGUGAAUGCAAAUAUAAAGGAAAUUCUGUUUUUCAAAUGGUUGCCAUAUGGCCACCUCCUCAAAAUGUAUAUAAAUUUUAUUAAAUUUCUUUUUUUAAUAUAAUUGUAAUUCUAGAUACAUAUUCAUCCGUAUUUUACCUAAGAAUAUUUUUUUCAUUUUCAAUAAUUUGGGAAUGAAAGGGCUAGAACUAACAUUUAAUUACAAAGAGUAUUUAACAUACAAGUUUCCACAGAGAUUUUAUGCACAAGUAUAGAGUAAUGCUGUAAUUUAUAAUAAAAAAGUAUAACUGAUGUUAACAAAAAAAAUUACACUUUUUAAAUCGUCUGUUGACUAAAUACAGUACAAUUUCAUUACAAUAUUCAGAUAAUUUAAUUUAAAUGAUAAGAUUUUUAUUACUAUAUAAUUUUUUGUUCCUGUAAAUCUCUAGAAACAAACUUUUCAGAGGAAUUAGACCUUUCAUUAAAAAAAAAUUAAGAUAUUUUAUUUAAAAAUACAGUAUUUAAAAAACUUUUUUUUAAACCACUUGGUUUAAACCAUUGUGGUUUAAAUCAGCAAAACCUGUGAGACAUGCAGCCAACUUUGAACAUUUCAACUACCAGCCCGAAACAAAAUUAUUUUACCUGAAAAAUGGGGCCAUAUUAUCCCAGCAUUGUUGUCGCUUUGUUCAGUCGAAUUAACUUAAGGCGAUUGGUGCAUGGAAAAUAUUACGACAAAACUAAUUUAACUGUACAUAUUUAUUUUUGAUGCUUCUUUUUAAGACAUAAUAUACCUAGGAUAUUUUUAAUAAACUUUUUUUUACUGAGUUAUGUCAUUUUAAAUGCAUUUAUUUUUAUUCCAAGCCAGAAUUAUUUAGAAAACACAUAAUUAUGUUAAACUUAAGUAUAGUUCAAGAAACGAGUGUACGAAUAGGUUUCUGCACAUAUAAAAGUAAGAAGAAAAAAUUUUCAUCGUCAAAAUUACAGAUUAAUAUUGACAAUUUCCAUUGAUCACUGCUGGACUACUUCAGAAGCGAUUUAAAGAAUAAAUUUAAAUGAAAAUGAAAACAUAAUUGGCAGAACACUAUUGAGUUAUGUAUAUAUUUUCAUAUCCUUUUGUUUUUGAUACGAUCCGACUCAAAACAUGCCCUCUGGAGUGACAGUUCUAGUGCUGCGUGUAAAACUCUCGCCGCCGGGAAGAAUGUCCCCGCGACGUGGCGCUGAGGGCGGCGCUUGUCGCAACCAGGUAGUCCGGCGGAGCUCCGGCCGGCGGGCCGCAGCCUGCGGGUGGGGAGGGAGAAGAAUGGGGUGUAGAGGGAUGACGGAGAGGAGACCGAAGAAACGGACUGUCAAGGUCGCGCUCAUGGAGCUAAUAUACAGUAAUACGCGAGGUGAAGCCGGGUAUCGGCUUCCUACGCUGAAAGAAAAUGAAAAAGAGCCAAACUCGCCUCGCACGGCCGAGAAUCCUCCAAACUAAACUCGCAACAGCUCCGAAACUAUCAAAACAAUCAAACUGAAAAUUUUACUGGAGUAUCUAUAAACAUUUUCCCCACAUCGCUUUAAUAUUUUUUUCGAAACAUGAAUGCUUUCAUUUUUAAAAAUUAAAUACUUAUUUACUGCCAAAAUUUUUUGUGAUUACGCAGAGUAAAUUACAACAUCGAGGAAAAAUUUUUGUUUGCAAUUGUAAGUGGGGGACACUAGCGUAUGAAAUAAGGAAGAAGCUUCAAAUUUUAUUUAUAUACCCCUUUUGACGCAUUCAACCCCAUACUUUUAUUUUUACAGGGAGUUGAAGUGGGAAUAAUUUUUCAGUGGGUAACACUACCGACAUAUGUUUUCGGAACGCACUUCUUUUUGUUAUUAUACAUCUGAAAAUUUAUAAUUUCAUACACAACGUUUAUAAAAACGAAUUCUUACUUACCUCAUUUAAUCUAUUACAAACCUCUUGUAAUAUACGUGUAUUAGUAGAAAAACCAACGUAACAUGCAAACCUUAGGUAAACACUGGUAGAGAAUUGUUUGGAAUAACUGUAAUGCUAUGCAUAUACUGACAAUGUAAGAAACUUCCAAUUUUAUUAAUUGUUUGCAUAAGAAUUAAUAAUUUUAAAAAAAUCAUAGAAUAGGCCUAAUAGACUGAAAACCUUUCACGUAGUUUCAAGUCGCGUACAUAAAAGUUUUUUAAUAUAUAUAAUUACCAAAUAUUGUUGAAUAUAUUUAACAUUUUUAUACAUGUUACAACACACAUAUAAUAACAAACCUAUAUAGUAUAUAAAAAAACAAACGCCAAAUUUUAGCAUUUUGUAUUUCUUUUCUCUGUGUGAAUAAAAUAACAGUUCUUAACGUAGUUGCUAAUACUGUACUAUAUUUCUAAAAAAAAAUUACGAAAACCCCUGACAUCGUCACCAUAACAAUGAUAAAUUUGCAAAAUAAUUAAGGCACAUUUUUUAAUGCUACGAAGCACACUCUUAAGAGAAAUGUUUUAAACUUAUGUUGGGAUGUAACUAAUAUCUUAAAAGCAUUCUGAAACCGUUACUUUGAGGGAAACCUUAAUACACCGAACACCAUACCAUCCUUUAAUCGAGUACGAUUUUCGCUUCUUAAGACCCAUUUGUCUUCAAAAUGCACUGUACUGUGUAAGUAAUAAAUCAGUCUUAAAAUCAGUUAAUUAAUUUAUCUUCCUAUUUCGUAUUCUAAUUGAGAUAAAUAUCAGAUAAGCAUGUGUUACUUGUAUCACGACAUCAAGGUAUUAUUUAUCAGUAAUUAAUAUUUCAUUUUAUUUUUUUGUUAACUAAUGUGCAUAGGGCAGUGCACUAGACAUCACUACCUGUGUGUAGUGUUGCGUUACACUUUUUAACGCAUUAGAGUUUACAUAAAAUGAUAAAUUCAAAAUUUCGUUUAAAAGUAUAAAUAUCAGCGAUCAAUUUAAUUAAUGUCCAGUAUAACUCAGUCAGUAAAACAUUCGGAAAUAUGUAUAGGACCUGUUAACCUAAAUAUUUGUUAACAGUUAAACUGAACUAAGAUGUGUUAGAGUGGUUUUUUCUCUGUCCGUAUAUUAGAGGUAUGGAACAUCAAUAAAUAUAGUUUAAAAAACUAAAGAAA